AUGGGUAACGUCACACAACCAACCCCCCAGCCACCACCGGAAGCCCCGACAAGUCCAGCUUCUAGCCUGAAGCGGGAGGGGAGCAGGUCCCAGUCUCCCUCGAAGCGAUCAAAGGCCCCACCCGCCGAGGAGACUGCCAAUUUCGAUCCCCGUCCCCGCCAGAUUGGGACCUUGUGGACGCCACGUGAUGAGCCACCACGACCGUCCCGGCCCGACAAAUCUAAUGUGGCUCCUCAGCAGAGGCUGCGUGUCUCAUCCUCGUCGUCCCACGCCCGGGCUCCUCCGAGGCCUGGCCCGGCCGGACCAGGCAGUGCAGCCCAAAGGUCUCAGUCCAACUCGGUGGAGGAUCAGACGUCAGUGCUAGUAAAACAGCCAGAAACGCGCCCGAUAUCCGGGGAGCAGCUAGUCGCUGAAGUCAAGGGUAUAUACGCCGGCCUUGUUAUGGUGGAGAGCAAGUGUAUCGAGGUGGAUAACGCGCAGAAUGCGCAGAAUGACUCGGCGAGCAAGCUUAACAAUGAGCAAUGGCAGGCCCUCAUUGCUCUACAUCGCACGCUACUCCACGAGCACCACGACUUCUUCUUGGCGAGCCAGCACCCAAGCGCGAGCCCGGCUCUUCGACGGCUCGCUUCUAAGUAUGCCAUGCCUGCGCGCAUGUGGCGGCAUGGAAUCCACUCAUUCCUCGAGCUUUUGCGGCACCGGCUGCCCUCAUCGCUGGAGCACAUGCUGACAUUCAUAUACCUAGCGUACUCGAUGAUGGCGCUGCUUUACGAAACAGUUCCAACAUUUGAGGACACUUGGAUUGAGUGCCUUGGUGAUCUCGGCAGGUACAGGAUGGCCAUCGAGGAUGACAAUAUCCACGACCGCGAAAACUGGACUCUGGUGAGCCGGCAGUGGUACUCGAAGGCGUCGGACAAGGCUCCCACAACCGGCAGGCUGUAUCAUCACCUGGCGAUCCUGGCGAGACCAAACGCGCUUCAACAGCUCUACUACUACGUUAAGUCGCUAUGUGUUGCGGUCCCAUUCGAGUCAGCUCGCGAGUCGAUCAUGACCCUUCUCGACCCAGUCAUGGCGAUGAACCCCGAUCAGAAGUCUCGCCUGCCGAAAAACGAGCUUGCCUUUGUCCGCUGUAUUGGGAUCAUGUUCAGCAAGAAAUUCACAGAGAAGCUUGAUUCAUCAGUCGCCGAAUUCAUCAGCUCAUUGGAUAUUCACAUUGCCCGCAAGACAGCCAUGUUCCCAGAGUCAGGUUAUCACAUGGGAAUUACCAUCUGCUGUAGCAUCCUAGGCUUUGGCGAUGCCAAAAAUCCUGUUUAUACCGCUGUUAAAUACCCAGACACUGAAGAGUCUGUCGACCAACCAAUGGUGGAGAGCGCGGCAGCUGAAUCCCCUCUGCCCAAGCAGCUGGCCGAUGCCUUGAGUCUGGCAAACAAGAUGCAUGAUGUGGUCCUGCGACGCUUUGGAGACCCCAACAUCCUCUCAUUCCUCCAUGUCAUCCUUGUCUUCCUCGGCAGAAUCACGAAACACCCCGAGGCCAUGAAGCAUGUGGGCGCAGAGUUUCCCUGGAAGCUACUGUCUCUGAUGCUCAAUACGUUAUUGGCAGACUGCCAGUCCUAUUCUCGCAUCGAGAGCGAAAGUUUCCCGCAACAAAGGAAGGGAGAGCGCCCGUUGCCCGAAGACUGGGCCAUGAGGGGUCUCCUUUGGACCGAGAGCUCGCUGCCGUCUUCGCUGUUCACAAGCGAGGAGGCGGACGAUAGCGAGAGAUACUUUGAGGCCCCGUCCAUGAUCGAGCAGCGCAAGGAGCGCGUCCUAUUCUUCGCCUGCCGCAUCGCCGCUCAGGGCGGCGACUUCCUGCUCUACGACUCGACAUCGCAUCGCUUCAGCGUGCCUGCGCAGUUCGAGUUUGAGAUCCCAGGAAUCACCUGCGACGCGGAGCCGACACCCGAAACUGAAACCGCCGCGACCGACCUUGAGAUGGCCGACAUUGCAUGA